CUGCCUCAGGUGAUAACGCCCGGUGCCACUGGUGGGCAGCGCUUCCCAGGUUCCGCGCUAGCUGGGCCGGUACCCGAGGGCACAGUGGUUCUCGGCCAAGGCUGCUCCGGAAAUGUUUUCAGCGGGCACAAACAUGGCUGCGGCCUUGCGAGCUGCAGGCGGCCUGCUCCGCGGUCGGUGUGUCUUUGGUAGGUAGGAAAAUAAUAAGGACCCAAGGUACAAUGAAGAUAAGCUCACUCAGGACGCUGGAAGAAAAAAAGUGGUGCAUGGCAGCUUGAGGACCCAUCAGCCAUGGAGAUGCCAGUUGGGUACAGCAGCAGCAGCAGCAACCACCACCACAGAGACAAGUCAACGUACUAAAAGUGCAAAACCUCAAGUUCAACCAGAAAAGAGGAAACCAAAAACUGGAAUACUAAUGCUAAACAUGGGAGGCCCCGAAACUCUUGGAGAUGUUCACGACUUCCUUCUCAGGCUCUUCUUGGACCGAGAUCUCAUGACACUUCCUGUUCAAAAUAAGCUGGCACCAUUCAUUGCCAAACGCCGAACCCCCAAGAUUCAAGAGCAGUAUCGCAGGAUUGGAGGUGGAUCUCCAAUCAAGAUGUGGACUUCUAAGCAAGGAGAAGGCAUGGUGAAGCUGCUGGAUGAGUUGUCCCCUGAUACAGCUCCUCACAAAUACUAUAUUGGAUUCCGAUAUGUCCAUCCUUUAACAGAAGAAGCAAUUGAGGAGAUGGAGAGAGAUGGACUGCAGAGGGCUAUCGCUUUCACACAAUAUCCCCAGUACAGCUGCUCUACCACAGGCAGCAGCUUAAAUGCCAUUUAUAGAUACUAUAAUGAGACGGGAACGAAGCCUGCGAUGAAGUGGAGCACUAUUGACAGGUGGCCCACACAUCCCCUCCUCGUCCAGUGCUUUGCAGACCACAUUCUCAAAGAACUGGACCAUUUUCCACUUGAGACGAGAAACGAGGUGGUCAUUCUGUUUUCUGCUCACUCACUGCCUAUGUCUGUGGUCAACAGAGGGGACCCCUAUCCUCAGGAGGUAGGUGCCACUGUCCACAAAGUCAUGGAAAGACUUGGUUAUUCCAACCCCUACAGACUGGUUUGGCAGUCCAAGGUUGGUCCAGUACCCUGGUUGGGUCCUCCAACAGAUGAGGCUAUCAGAGGGCUUUGUGAGAGGGGAAGGAAGAACAUCCUUUUGGUUCCAAUUGCCUUUACCAGUGAUCACAUUGAAACACUGUACGAACUGGAUAUUGAGUACUCUCAGGUUUUAGCCAAGGAGUGUGGAGCUGAAAACAUCAGAAGAGCGGAGUCUCUUAAUGGAAAUCCAUUGUUCUCUAAGGCCCUGGCUGACUUGGUGCACUCACACAUCCAGUCAAACAAGCUGUGCUCCAAGCAGUUGACUCUGAGCUGUCCGCUCUGCGUAAAUCCUGUCUGCAGGGAGACUAAAUCCUUCUUCACCAACCAGCAGCUGUGACCCAGGGACCCCGUGGGAUUAGGCAAAUGCUCAGCAUCUCGACCCCUCAGACAGGAGGAGAACACUAUUUGUGACCGAAGAAGGAAGCCACAUUAGUGUCUGUACAGCCUUUGGGCACAACUGUGAUUUCUUGACAAAUGGACUCUGAAACCUUGCUGAGAGACUUCAAUUUUCAUAUUACUUAUACAGUAAGCAUUUGUAAUCCCUCUCUCUGGGUAGAUUUACUAGUUUUGAAUUUCCACAAGGACAUUCGAAAAAUGACUUUUGGAAAUUUAUCUCAUGAGAUAUACACCUCUUUUAAAUACAAAUUUUGCUUUUGGUGCCUAAAACAACUCCCUGAAAGGGUACAGAGAGUCCCCUCUGUCCUCUCUGUGGGGUCAGUGUGACUGAGAUCUGUUUACAGCCUCGUGCAUAUAGUUGUAAUUUUAAAAAUAAAUACAGUUGAGUUUAUGGAAUACAACUUGAAAAGGAAAUGUGACCUCUCUUUUCCAUAAGCCUAUGCAUGGGAACAGGAGUCUGCUGGGGAGGUUUGGUGCCUACCAUGGCUUCUGUUCCAGGGAAGCCACUGUUCAUUGGUCAUUUUGGUGUCUGUGUGAGAAUCUCACUUUCCUCACCCCCAAACUGGAUCAAGUACAGAGUUCAGAAGUGCCCUGUGAUUCCUCAGGAACACGAAGCUGAUAAACAUGUAGAGAUCCACUGUUGGUCGCAGGAGCUUGGUAGGAGUCCGUGGUGCCUCAGGAAAGGGAGCUUCCACUGCUUCCUUUCUCCAAAGACUGCACUGCCAGAAAAGCUACCAAAGGGCUGAGCUUUAAACCUGCCCCCACCCCAGCGUCCUAGGGAGUCUUCCCAGGCAGCCUUUCCUGAUCUUAGUUGAAUGUCUCCUUUUUGCACAUUGUAGAAUUGUUUUAUAAAACCAACUAUAUUGGGCCAGGAUUUAGCUCAGCAGCACAGUGCCUACCUGGCAAGCAUGAGGUCCUGAGUUUAAUCCCCAGUACCAAAAAACCCCUCCCAAAACCCCAACUAUAUGUUGUAACCUUAAAUUCUUUCUCAAUUUACACUUUUAUUGUAAAAUUAUAUAUCCAUAUCAUAGGAUAUUUGAAAAAUACAGAAAAAAAGCUAAUGCAACAACUAUUAUCAUUUUAUUGUGUUUCAUGCCAGUCUUUUCCUGUGGAUAUCUUUUUAUGCCAUUGUCACCUUGAAUUUGGAGUGAAAAGUUAUUCUAAACAUGUAGAAAUAAUGCCAGAUCAGAUCUGAUCUUCUGUAUUUGGAAUUAAAAACAUCUCUGAUGGAUCCA